AUGGAAGAUAAAUAUUUUAUUAGUACUAUUCAUACUUGGCGUCAAUGUGACCUAAUGAAAUUUAUACAACGCGUUGAAAGGUUACAUGUAGAAGAUAAAAAUUUUCAUAUACUCGAAAGUUUAAACCUUACGAUUGUUCGAUUUUUACGUUUGACUAGAGAUAAACUUCAAGGAUGGGUUUCUUCACGUCGUAUUGAAGAAAUACAAUGUGAUAUUCUUGAAAAUUCAAGAUCUGAACUUGAAGAUUUAUUGAAAUCAUAUGUUGAUAAGCUUAUGCAAGCUCCAUCAUUAGCCGAGUAUUAUGAAGAUGUAAUGAAUAGAUUGGACAUGGAUAUUGUAUUUGGAGUUGAUGUGAUAGAACAUUAUAAUUCACCAGAAAUGUUCAUCCCUUUUUUAAAAACAGAACUUGAAAAGAAAAUCAAUCCAAAACUUUAUUCUAUAUCAAGCUACGAAAGCAGAUCAGAUGAUGUGGAGACGAGAAGUGGACAUAAAGAUCAAAAAUUGCUUAUAUUUCAAAUAAAAAAUAGUGCCGCUGGAUUUUGUUUAAGAAAUCAUGUUUGUAAAUAUAUUGCAAACUGUAGCAACAGUAAGAUGUCUGAAAGUACCAUAAGUAAACACUUGUCAAAUGAAUUGGAUGAAAUGAAAGCAGCCAGAUAUCCCAUAAAUCAUGAUGAAAGAAACUUUAUAAAAGAUUGUCAAGAAAAAUCUCUUGGCAUCACGCAUUUAAGUGCUGGUCAUAUGAAAAUUACUGCAAAUAGUGCAUUGGAAAUUUUAAGAAGACAUGGGAUUAACAGAGUAUUAUGUGAAGUAUUUAUGGAACCCGAUGACACGUAUUCUGAAAGAGAAAACGCAUAA